CGCAUUUUUAUCGCUGCUGAGUAUGUUAUAAUUUAAUUAUUAAAUUGUUUUAUUUUUUUUUACUUAAUCCGCCACGACAUGAAUAUCCUUACGCUUUGCGAGAGUACUUUUCGAUUACACAAUAUAUACACUUUAAAAUAUACGAGACUAGCACUUGGGACUGGGACAGUUCUUUUCAUUCGAAAAUAGCAUAACUUCGGUUGCCUAAUUAUUGAUCUAAUAUGUGUCAUCAAAAUAUAUUCAAAAAUAUUUUCAAUUUACGAUGGAGGAUCAAGAAUUGAAGGAAUUAAAAGAGCUGAAAACACAACUCGUUGAAAAAGCAUCAAAAUUACUCACAAAGUUGAAAGAUCAAGAAGAGAACCAGAAAGUUAUAAAAAUCAAGGAAUCAAAUGUUACAAAGAGUGUGAAGGAGAAGUUACCAGAAGAAUAUAAUAAAUUAUCUGUUUGCUCGAAGGAAGUCUCUGGGAUAGCAUUCAAAAAUAUUGAUAGGAAGUGGAUACACGAUAAUAUUUACAAGUACACAACUUCAUUGAUAUCAGAGAGUUUGAACGUGGACGUAGAGUUAAUAGUAAAACUGGAGUGUGAUGAUAAAUCAGAGGUGUGUGAUUUAGCUUGUAACUUCAAAGAUCUUCACCAGUGCUACAUGUUUGAAGUUGAUUCAUGGUAUAAAUUCGUUAUUAGAAAGAAAAAUUUCUCACUCCUCACAUCAGGAAUAUUUCAAUACAAUGAACGAAACCUCGUCAGGAGAAGAUUGUUAAAUAAGUUAAAAGAUACAAAUUAUAUAAGCUACGAAGAAUGUUUAGAUAAGCACGGUGGUAUUUUAAUACACGUGCAUUCGCCGAGAAGCAUUGCACGUGAAUACUUGACUUGCCAAUGGGUAAUAGCGUUUACAAAACGGUGUUGGCAGUUAGAAAAUCAUUUUAAUAUAGAUGUCACAGAGACGGAGUUCGCAGAGAGGAACAAUGUUUUGUUGGCAAACUUUGUUCGGAAGAACACAACAAAAGAGGAACUUACAGAUUCAUGGAGUAAGCUUUGUUUUGCUAUCGACUUGUAUGAAAGUGAGGAACAAGUCAAUACUGGAUCAUCUUAAAUCAUUUCCCUGAAAAGCUUGACUUAAUUUCAUAAUUAUUAUUUGUAUACUCGAGAAAUAUAACGAAUACUUUUGAUACAUU